AUGGAAACUCCAGAAUCUACACUUAGUGAUCAUUCACAAAUGAAACACUCUGAAGUUAGCUCCGAAUCAAGCUCUGUGGCAGGAAAGAACUAUUGGCUAUCGAAACAAUUGUAUAGUAGCUAUUGCAUUAUCUUAACCAUUUUGUAUUUUUCACAACACCACAGUUGGUUCUUUGGUAACAGUGUUAUUACUAGUGCGAUUACAGGUUCGAUUUGGCCAUUCCAAAUUUUUGCACUCGUAGGUGCAAAAGAUAAAGAAUUUUACUCUGGUAUCAUCCCAAUUGCUGGUACCCUUUUAAAUCUUAUUAUGUUGGUACUCGUUGGAUACCUAAGUGAUGUAUUGAAAACUCGUUUUGGAAGAAGACGUCCAUUCAUUCUUGUUGGUUCUAUUAUUAUGAUUGUUUUCUUGAUGGCAAUGGCACCAUUCAAAGAUCAAUCAUACUCUGUAGCAUCAUAUAUAGGAUAUAAUAUUGCAUACAACUUUGGACAGGGUAUGGCAGCUGGUGCAUUCUCUGGUAUCAUUCCAGAUAUCGUACCACCAGAGAAGGUUGGUAUUGCCUCUGGUUGGUUAGGUGUCACCUGGUCACUCGGUUCACUUGUCGGUGUUUUGAUUAGUGGUAGAGCACUCAACGACUACGCUGCUCACCCAGAGAACACACAGUUUGUAACUGUCAACGGUAUUAUCUGUGGUAUCUUUGCAUUCAGUUCGAUCAUCGCCGUCGUCUUCCUCUGGGAGGACACUCAAGACAGCUUCGAGUUCAAGGGUACCGUCAUGGGAUUCUUCAAAUCACUCCACUUGCCAGUCAAGACCUACUACAAUUUCUACUGGGUAUUGUUGGCACGUUUCUUCAACUGUAUGGGUGUAUCGACAAUCGUUGGAUACCUCUACUAUUUCGUUCUCAACAUUCUCGGUAGGGCCAACACCAUGGACUACUCGCUGGUGUACAGUGUCAUGAUUGUCUUCUCGAUUCCAUCAUCGAUUGCCGGUGGUUAUCUCGCUGACUACUUUGAUACCAAGAAGAUGGUGUAUGUCGCCGCACUCAUUCAGUCCGUAGCCAUCUCACUCUACAUUUUGAUCACUCACCACCCAUCGUGGGCCGGUAUGUUGGUGUUGGUCGCCCUGUUUGGUGUUGGUUACGGCUUCUAUCAAUGUGUAGAUUGGGCACUGGCACUUCGUGUACUCCCACAGAAACACAUCGGAAAGGACAUGGGUGUAUGGCACAUCGCCUUCAAUUUGCCAUCGGUCAUCGCUCCACCAGUUGUCAGCGCAAUCUUUAGAAUCAGACAAACCGAUUACAACUACACAAGUUUGGAUGCCUACUACCGUGAUUGCUAUAGUAUAGUGUUUGGUAUUGCAGCCAUCUACUUCCUAUUGGCAACAGUGUUGAUCUAUCCACUCGAGGUUCACAAACCAGAACAAAAACGUAAAGACGAAGAAUCCGUUCACCACAAGGAUACUAAAAUGACUGAAUUCAACAAUGAAUCUGCAACCAUUGAAACUAACUAA